AUGAGUCAAAGCCCUGCAGCAGCGUUUCUCUCGAGCCGCGUACCCAGGGAGCUCACCCCAGAAAGCACGCCCGUGGAAAUGCUGGAUUUACUGACCUCUCUGCAACUACGGGGAGAGGACCGCGUUCUCGCUCUCGUGUACGCCGCAGAGCUUAUUGAUACUUGUCUACAAAGCACGUCUCCACCGUCUACCCUCCCCGAUAUCACCCCACUACUUUCGGUAGCAGAGUGUCUGUUUUCCGAAGGGCACCAUCGACUCGUCCAAUCGUUCUGCAGCGUUCUAGCGCGGCUUGUGCGCUCCCAGCUCAUCAAUGAUAUGUCCUCUGAUAUCAUCUUGAAGAUUGCUAACAUAUUAUCACUGCUUGCCAGUAAGCUGAACUCGGACGAGUGUUUAUGUCUUCUAUCUCUUUAUCUGGGCUCCUCUGACAAGGCAAUAUUUUCCCUUGGCGUUCAGAUUGUAGAAAAAUCACGCAAAGUUGAGCAGGUGAUUCUUGCGCCUGCAUCUGCAUUCGAUCUGGAGCUAGCAUCUAUGCUCUCUGCGGGGUCAUUCAUUCACCAAGUCAGUCUGGCUCCAUACCUCUCGACUGUUUGCAAGCUAUCAUCUAUCUUUGUGCAUAUUGAUAGGUUGUCUCUUUGCUAUGGAAUGUAUGAUCGUUGUCUGAAGGCUGCCUAUACUUCCGUUCUGAACAAAUUAGAUCUAUCGCAACAGUCCUCUACGCACGGUACAUCUGCAGAGAACCAUGCCACUUGCGUGCUCACUGUGCUCUUCCCCUAUCUCUUUUCCCCUACUAUUUCCAUUGUGCAGCUGGAAUUUUUGUCUGAUAUCUUUGCAAUUGCGAGUCAACAUGCACAGUCAGAUAACAUGCAUAAUAUCCUGGUCGAUAUUGUAGCAGAGUUACGCGGCCUGGCUAGCUUGUAUGAAGAGGGACCCUUUUUGAAACGUGUAGAGACCCUUAGAAAAGCAAACCUGACAUCUCCCCAACUUCCCCUUGAGCCGCUGCUGUUUGUUACAUAUAUGAGCACAAGCUGCAACACAGAAAGUGGGAUGUUUCACCCUAUUUUGCUACGGCUUUCUGUCUGCAUCUAUAAAAUGGAAGUACUGCUCUGCAAGCGUAACACAUCUGUCAGGUACAAUGCGACAAUCCAGACUUCCCUGACGAAGCACAUCAAUGGCAAGCCUGUAUCUGAGUGUAGAGAUUUACUAGAAACUGCUCGGGCGCAGGAUGCUCCGCAGGAGCUGCGUCUUUACGUUAACCUGCGUGAGACGCAGAAGACGCCUUUAAGAAAGACAUGA